AGAGAUUAAAAAUUUCUUACUAUAUAUUCAAUGUUUAUAUAAUAAGAUAAAGAUCUCAAAUCUCGAUUAAAUAUACGAAAAAAAAACCCGAUAUUUAUAAUAACUAUAUAUUAAAUAAAUUUUCUAUAAUUAAUAUUUCUAAAUAAAAAUAAAUAAUUUCUAUAUAUAAUAAUAUAUUUAUGUUAGAUAUUCGUUCUGAUCAAGAUCUUAUUUAAUAACAAUAGUAGAACAUUUAUCGACAAUUGUUUGAGUUAUUCAAUAAAAAAAAAAAAAUUAUUUCGAAUUCAAUUGUCGAUUAUCAUUUAUAAAUAUAUAUACUGAUUCAUUUAUUAUCUAUAGAAAUAAAAUUUCUUUAAGAAUAAAUCAUUAUUAAGAGAAAUAAAAACUCUCUUAACUAUAAUAUUAAAAUAAAAUAUUUUAUUUAGUUAAAUAGAUUUAUUUUAAAAUAAAAAAUCUUAUCUCAUUAAUAAAUAUUGUUUUUUUAUUUUGAAUUAUUCAAUGAUAACAUUGAUUUAAUCAUAUUGAAAUAAAUAAUUAAAAUAAUAGUUAUCGAUAUUAAAUAUAGAAUUAUAUUAAGAUUAAUUUAUACUUUAUUUAACUUAACGAUAAACAAUAAUAAAUAAUUUAUUUUAAUUAAAAUAUUCUCUUUUGAAAUCUUUUUCUAUAAAUAUAUAUAAAUAUUCUCGAUUGAUUUAAUUGAUUAACUCAACUCAACCGAACAAAGAUAGAAUAUUUCGAAACCAAUAAGAUUUUUUAAAAUCAUUUUUUAUAAAUAAAUAAAAGAGAACGCUACUCGUUAUUUAUCUCAAUUGAAUAAUAAAGAUAUCAAUUCAUAUAAGAUAUAUUUAUUAUCUCCUUCGUUUAAUUCUUAAAACAAUUCUCAAAAUGAUUUUAUUUUGAAAUAAAAACAAUAUUAGAAUUUUAUUUUAUUUCAAACCAAUAGAUAAAACAUAUUAACAAUUUUAUUCGAAAUAGAUAUUAUUUAAUAAUUUUACAAAUUUUCACCUAUUUAAGCAACUAUUUAGAUCUUUUUUUUUUUUCAUGGAAAAAAAUUCUUCUUUUAAUUGUUUCGAACAAAAAAAAGUUUCGUCUGUUUAUUAAAAUAUAAAAAAAAAACAAAUUAUUGAAAAUGAAAUAAAUAAUAGUCUAAAUAAUUGUCAUAUGGAGUUGAUAAGUGAUUUGUUAAUAUUGUUUUUAUUCGAAAUAUAUUAUAGAUUUAGUAAUAAACAAUUUCAAUAUAAAAUAAUAAUAUUAUUAUAGAAAUAGAUUUGUUAUUUUAAACGAUAAAAAUAUAUAAUAAUAUAUAUUUAAUUAAGAUAUAAUCGAUUUCAAAAUGACUUAACGAAAUUUUUAUUGAAUGAAUUAUUUUAUUUAUUUAAUCAAAAUUGAUAUCAAUAUUUAAUAGAAAGGUUAGAUGAGAACUAGACUAGUCUAUCAUUAUUUAUUCUUUUCAUUGAAAAAAAAACUAAAACGAUAGAAGAUAAUUUAAAAAUCUGUCAAUCAAACAAAAUGACACGAAAACAAUAAAAACGAUAAAAUUGUUUUCUAUGAUAAAUCUUCCAUUUCUAACCUUAGUAUUCUUUUUUCUCUGAAUAUAUUUGUCAAAAAAGCUAAUUGAAUUGAUUUAUUUAUUGAUAGAAGUUCUCUGUAAAAUAUAUCGUUAAAAACUCGAUUAGCAAUAAAAUAAAUAGUAAUAAAUAACUGCCAAAAAUAAAUAAGGUGAACAUAUCUUAUAUAAUAUAAUAUAUCUUGUUUAUAUGAAAAUAAUUAGUAAAAAUAUCGAUUUUUAUAAUAAAUAAUAUAUUCAACUGAAUGAAACUAAUUUAUUUAAAUUGUUUGUUUUAUUUCAUUGUUUGAAAUAAAGUGUUAUCAAAGAGAAUAUUUAUAUUCUUUAAAAUAAAUUAAUUGAAUUUGUUUGAAAAAGAAAGAAAUAAAUUGAUCUAACAUAUGAAUACUAGUUCGAGUUAUCUUAGCUCGAAGAAUUUAUCUUGUUUUUUUAAAUAAUUUUUUUUAUUCGAAUAAUUAUAUUAAUUUAUGUAUUUUGAUAGAUAAACUCUUAUGGAAUUUCGUUAAAAAAAAAUAUUCAAUAAAUAUUAAUUUAUCUAAUAUAAUAAAGAUUUAUUUUAUGUUUUGUUUAUGAUAUAUGUUAGAAGAAGAUUUUUUUCUUUUUAAAUUGUUUAUUAUGAAAUAUUGAUCAUCGUUUUAUAGAUAUAAUAAAAAAAAAACAAACGGAUAGUUUUUAUGAUUUGAUUAUAAAUUUCAAAUAGAAAAUAAAUAUAUAAAAAUUUUGAUUAUUAUAUAAACUGAUUCGAGUUCACAAUUAAUCAUGUUCGAUAGAUAUAUAUUUUAUAUUGAAGAUGAUUAACGAUCGAAUUAUUUCGAUUAUAGAAUUAAUUAUAUUUAUCUUUAAUAAUCAAUUGUUAUAAUCUACUCGUCAGUGAUGACUAGAUUUGUUUUUUUUCGAUGAUUAUUUUCAUAUGUUAACUAUUAAAUCAUAUGAUUAUUUCAUCGAUUCAAAUAUCAUUCAUAGAUCUUUGUUUAUAUAUAAUCAACAAUUUUUUAAAUGAUUUAUUUAGCAAACAAGUAUAUCAAAGAAUAAUAAAUUAUCCCGAGUCGAACUUUUUUUUCACCUUCUUGACAUAUGCAGAUCUCAACAUUUGUUUCAGAGCGCAUGACUUCCUUUCCAUUGACAAUCACUUGAAUGCUUGCAUGACUUAUAGAUAUAAUCAAAACAAAUGAUGCGCUGAACACAUGAUAAUUAUAGUAAUGAGCAUUACCGAAAAGAUUAAAUGGAAAGCAAUAAAAUCAAAACUAUUUAAGACGAAAGUAAUGCUCUCCACCAUUUAUGCUGUUUGAGGCUGAUCUCUCCUCUGAGCUUCCUUUCAGAUCUGUAUAUUAAGAUGCUUUUUAUUUAAACUAAAUUUUUAUUGGAAAUAGAAUCGUUUUUGAACAUGGGGUUGAGAAAGAAGAAAAGAAAAGCAUGUAUAGAAUAUAAUAAAAAUUAAUUUAAUGCGUUAGAAAAAUAAAACUAUGGGAGAUGAAGAAAUUCAAUUGAAUGUUAAUAUCAGUUGUUUAUGAUCGAGACGGACUUGCUCUAUUAAUUUGUGCAGCUUGUAAUAUAUUUCUUUUAUGAUGAUAUUUUAACUUUUGAACUAAUACCUUAGGAAUCUACUAAGUAUACUAAAAAUUGAUCACCAUUAGGCAAUCGUUUGUCAUAUUUCUUUAUAGAUCUAUAAAGUUUAACUUUGAGAGAUGUAAGACGGGUGUUUAGCCAUCAUGAUAUUUCACAGUUCUACUUUUAUUUUGUUGCCUGAACAAAUAACUUUCAUGCAUUGUUUAAUAGAAAAAAUGAUUUAUUUGUCAUUAUUUCUUGUAUGGUAAACACAUGGUAAUGUUUCCAAGAAAAAAAUUUAUUCAUAGUAUCAAUAUUUUUAUUUUUCCUUGCCUAUAUAAUCUUAACAUUAAAUAGUUAAUGACUAACGAUAUUGAUAUUGUAAAGAUGAUUGAAAAGUUCCAAAAGAGAAGAUCUUCAGUAGUCAUGCACAUUACACAUAUAUGAACAAAAACUCAAGCAAUAAAAUAAGAAAUUCAAGUAGUUGAACUCGAAAAAGGGUCUCAAGUCUUGUCUCAACAUGUGUCCAUAGCGAAUGAUUUUCUUGCUCAAUAAAGUGAAAUAUGUCGUGCGCAUAUCAAAAGAUGUUUUGCUCAGGUAUAAUAAUAAACAAUUAAAUAGAUGUUAUUUUGUCAACAUAAUAAAUAAUUAUCUUGUUAAAAUGAAUAAUUCUAAGAAUAAAAUCAAAUCAAAUAGUAAAUAUUCAUAUGUUAAAUAUGUUUGUUCUAUUAUAAAUGGUUUAAAUGAUUAUUUAUAUAAGAAUAUUUAAGAGUAAUUUGAUUACAUAAGAGUAAAUAUAUUUAUUUUUAGAUAUUAAAAUGAUUUAUCAAAUAAAUAUCUCUAUAAUCGUCUUGAUAAUCUUUUUAUGGUAAAUAUGGAAUAAAAGAGGGAUAAUAUAUUGAUAAUUUAUAAUUAAACUCAAUUUUAGAUAUAAAAUUCUAUUCUUAUUCUUUUAUCGAGAUAGAAAAAGUCUAAAAUAUAUUUAAUAUGUUCUAUUGGAUUAAAUCGUUUCAAUAUUGUUUUCGAUUCUCUACUUAAAUUUAUAAAAUUAGCUUUAAAUUUGUGUGUCAAAUAUUUGAAUAAAAUCUAUUUAAAUUGUUUUCGAUUUGUUUAAGAAUUUCUUUAAAUUUAUAUGAAAUUUAAGAAAAGCCUUGUUACUCUAUAUAAGCAAAUCGAUUUUAUUUUGAUUAUAUCUAAGAGAAAAUUUAUAUCAUGUUCAUUUAUUUUAAAUUUCGAUUAAAAACAAUCUCAUAUUAAAUCUUUGAGAUUGAUGUUUUUUUUUUUCGAUGUCUAUCGUUAUAUAUGAGAUGAUUUUAUCGAAAAUAAAUUCAAUUAUUAAAAUAUUAUUUAAAGAGAAAUUAAAAAUGAAUAUUUGGUUUGAAAGAAUUUCAAUAUAAAUUAAAUAAAUUAUAUUUUCUUUAAAAUAAACUAUCUUUAUUAUUUUUCGUUAAAUAAAAAAAAAGUCAAUUCAAUAUAAAAUCAUAUCAAAGUAAAAAAGUCAAUAAAAUGAAUUUGUUUGUUUAAUAAUCGGUUAUUGAAAGUUAAAUUAGCAUAAAAAACUAGAAAAAAAAGUCAAAUAAAAAUUUUGGUCGUUAUUGACAUGAAUAUUUAUUGUUGGUGAAGAUGUGAAGAAAAAAAAAUCGAGGAGGGAAGAAAGACUGAUUGUGAAUAGUGUGUACUCUUGAAGUGGAUGCCAAAGAAUGCAAAAGAGAAAAGGGCAAACAGCAACAAUUCUCCUCAUUGUUAACUUUUCUUUUGUAUUUUAUAGUUAAAAAAGAAUCUAUAAGAUUUAUUUCGAUCAAUGAUUAUGUUAAAUAACUAUAGAGAGACAUUUCUAUUCAUCUUAUUUUUAUUUAUUAUUAAAUAUUUUAUUUUAGUUAAAUCAUAUUUAUUUAUUAUUUUAUUCAAUUUAUAUUUAUCCGAUUAGUUUUUUUUGUUGACAAUAUUUAUAUAUAAAUAGCUACCAAAUAGAAAAAUGUUACUUUUUAAAGUUUUAUUUAUUUAGUAUAUUAAUUAAAAUCUAAUUUAUUUAGAUGGAUGAAGAUAAAUCAUCAACAAUAAAAAAUGAUCGAUCAAAUCUUGAAACAGUUGAAAGACGAAUAAUAAAUAACUUGAAUAAAAGUGAAGUUUACAAAGAAAAUUCUCUUUAUUCAGAAUCAAUAUUGAAAUAUUAUAUCGGACCUGGAAAUAAUACACAUUUCUAUUUUAUUUAAUUAAUAAACUAUUUUUUUUAUUUUUUUAUUUUUUUUAUAAUAGAAUUGAAAAUAUAUUUGUAUCAAUUGGUUACGAAGGUCAAUAUGAAAGACGAGAUGAUUUUUAUAUAAAAUGGGUUCAAUCCAUAAAAUGUAUUAAUUGGAAUUUAUUUAAAGAUGGUCAACAAAUGGUUAAUCAUAUUCAAGGUGAAGAUUAUUUUACAACCAAAUUACAAUUAUUCCAAUCAUUACAAACAUAUGAAAAAAUUUCAAUCAAUUUUAUCAAACGUCCAUCACACUUUUCAUCAUUAAAUCAAUUUCUACCUGAUACAUUUAAAUUAGAUGAUAAAUAUGAUCGGAAUACUUUUUUUAAUAUACAUUAA